AUGCCUCAUAGUGCUUCUUCUGGCAAUCAGAAGCUGUCUUGGCCAGGGACCAUCCCUGCUCGUUUAGUCCGCUCUGUCCAACUUGCCUCUUUUAGCCCGUUCUUGCUGGGCGCGCAAAAGGCCAGUGCGCAUGCGGCUGGAAUGAGUCUCCAAAGUCGCUUGUGGCUGCUCAGUGUCUACGCGAGUUGGAAGCAUCCUCCUAUCGCAAGAAUCCAGCGGGAGAGGCAUGAGGCAGGGCUGGACAGCAUCCUCGUGGAGCACUGUCAUCACAUGGAAAUAAACGUCGUCGCUGUGGUCCAUCUGUUUGACAGUAGUGGUGACGUUGGAGUCGGAUGGACCGUGGUCGAAGGAGAUCGUGAUGGGGAAGAACGCAAGGACCAUAUGGGCCCAGUGCGUCAAGACAGUAUUAUGGAGUAUGGACUAGCUUGGGCCCAGAGCAAUUCGCGCCAGUGCAAGCUGAAACCCCCCGCUACGGAGCUAAGUACUAAGAGCAGCUCAUUGAAAAUGGACCCCCUCAUUAUCUAG